AUGGGAGCAGUAGAAAGUUAGCAGCAAGACAAAGCUUUGACAAAUGUGACUGAUAGUGUUUUGCUAGAUAGAGUAUUCUUAAAAAAAAUAGCUUUAAAGCUAAACAUUUAAGAAGCUGAAGCUCAAGAUAUUAAAGAGUAUCUUAAUUAAAAAGGCUACACGUUUUCAAAUAGGCUAUUAGGAAAAACCCCAUCAACUAAAAUACUCAGAGCACUGAAUAAAUAAGGUAAAAGUGUGGCUAUAAAAAUACUUAAAUGCAACAGUAUGAAAGAUUAUGAAAAGAAUCAAAAUGAGUUUAAGUUAAUGAAGCUAUUUAACUCUGAUUACAUCAUAAAAGUUCAAGAGUUACUUGAGUAUAGAACAUAAGAUAAGCUACUACAUUUUCUUAUCAUGGAGAGGUGUUUAUAUGAUCUCCAUUCAUAAUUAAUGCUGAUGACUGUUAAUCAAAGUCAUCCAGAUAUUUACAAAAUUUGCUUAGAUUUGAUAAGAGGACUGUAAGAUAUACACAAUAAGAAUACAGUUCAUUUAGAUAUAAAGCCCCAUAAUAUUGUACUUGGAGCAGAUAAUAAAUGGAAGUUUAUUGACAUGGGGAUUUCGAAUCAGCUAAGCACUAAUGAUGGAUAUGUUUCAAAAUUAAAAGGAUUAACUUUAAACUAUUGUUCUCCUGAAUAAUAUUAACAAUUCUAUGGUAUUAACAAAGUCAAAGCUACUAAAUCUAGUGAUACAUUCAGUUUAGGUCUAGUCUUUCUAAAGCUAACAGGAGUAACUAUCCCUAAAUCGGAUGUUGAAAAAUCCAAAUAAGAAAGCUACAACUAUGUUAGCUUUUUUAAUCCUAAGUUUCCAGAGUUGAAUAUUAUUAUUAAUCAAAUGCUUUCUUAAAUUCCAGAUCAGAGGCCUUAACUGAUAGAAAUAGAAGAAAAUCUUAAAAAGAUUAUAAAGUCAUCUACUUCAUCUAAUAAUCUCUCACCACUAAAAUAACAUAGAAAAAAUAAUUCGUCGGUUACUGUACCCAUACCUAUGAAAUCAAUAUAAAAUCCAGUAAAUUAGGAUGUCGAAAGCAGUUUCUUUGACUAUAAAAAGCUUACACCUCUAAAAUUAAGAAAGGAGGCAUAAUUUGAUAAGAAGAAUACCUCAUUUGAUAUGAUUGAUAAAAACAUGUUAUCUCCUGUUAAAUCUUCUUUAAACCUUCCAAAAAUGAGCCAGUCUGAUUAAAGAAAAUAAAAUUCUUCAUAAAUUAAUCUAAAUAAACAUCCAAACAUAUAAAAAUUUGCUCUCCCAUAGAUCUAGCAAAGAUCCUCAGUCCAAAGUGUAUUCUAGAGUGCAUAUAUUUCUAAAUGA